CUCUUCACAGUGUGUCGACGCACGCGACAUGACCAAAGAUCCCAAUCAUUCUCUAUUAGUAAUAGAAUCCUAGUCCAUUUCGCCCCGUGGAAGCAACAUGGUCUCUCUUGUACAGGCGCCGAGUAUGCCGCCCACCCUUCCGCAAAAGAGUCUGAAAAGAGACGCCUCGCAUCUGUCGUCACCAGCACCAGAGUCCAGCCAGAGCAAGAAACUGCGAGUGGCCUUUGACGACCGGGUCGACGUCCGAAUCAUGGACGACUGGACGGCCAAGCCGUUGGACCUGGUCAAGGACGAAGUGAGAAGCGCGCUCGAAGGCCAUCUCAGGCCUGCCGCCGACAAGGACGAUGGCGCAUAUGAACAGCUUAGAAUGGUCUUUAUCAGCGCUGCGCCUUCGCGAUCCCACGACAACGGCGCCGUCUCGUCCUACACCGAAGCACCCAGCACUGCACUGCUCAAGAAGUACCUGGUAGCUCUGAGUGGUCGUGUGAGCGAUCUCAAGGCAUGCGGCAAGCUGGUCCACGCCGUCCUGGAUGUAAACUGGCUCGGCAGGGACGAUGCUUUUGUAGCUCUCUAUGUACGCUUCCUGGGAACUUUGGGAAGCGCUGUCCCCGGCUUUCUCAGAACAGUGCUCGACCGCAUUGUGGGACACUUUGUCGAGGUUUCAUCAUCCUUGGGUCGCAUCCCUAACGAGCCUUAUGUCCCUCGACAGCAGAUGGUUGCUCGCCUCCAUAACGCUCUUCGAUACCUGCUACGCCUGAUUCCGUCUGCCAACAGCGCCCUCGCCGAGUCCCUCCGCGGCCAGUUCCCGAAUCACCGAACCGCUAGCCGUCAAGGCUACAUUGCCUUCGUCAAGAACUCUCUCAAGACCAUCGAGUAUGCCCCUGAGCUCAAGGCUGAAAUCCAAACCCUCAUUACUGAACGCCUGGUCAAAAUCGAUGUCGAAGUACAGGAAGAGCUGGACGAUCUGGAAGACGAGGUCGAUGAACACCGUGUACUUGGCCUCUCUGGCCUGUCAGAAGCAAAAGAGGAUGCCGACGACUCAGAUGAUGACAGUGAUGCCGACUCAGACUCGUCGAGCGAGAUCAGCAUGACACCUGAAGAGAACCACCUCCGUGCUCUACGAGACACUGUCGCUAAGCUCGACUCUGUCCUAGAUCUCUUGUUCUCCCACUACACACCCACGUUUGCCAGCGGAAAGAUGUACGAGGUCAAUGAUGCCUUUGAACACCUCAUCUCGCAGUUCUCUACCUUCGUUCUGCCUACAUAUCGCUCGCGCCAUACACAAUUCCUCGUGUUUCACUUCGCUCAGAUGUCUCAGGCUUACGCAGAACGUUUCGCCGGUGUUUUGCUUCGCCUUGCUACUGGCCGCAGCUCUGCCUCGAAUGGUUCCCUGUCUGCUGCUGCAUAUUUGGCUAGCUUCAUAGCCCGCGGCGCUCGCGUGAACAAGACCCUCAUUCGGUCAAUCUUUACGAGACUUGGCAAUCAUCUCGAUACAUUGCGUCGUAAUUACGAGUCUGCCUGCCAAGGCCCCAACCUCAGCCGCUACGGAACGUUCUACGCAAUUGCUCAGGCUAUGCUCUAUAUCUUCUGCUUCAGGUGGCGAGACUUCAUUAUGACCCCCGACGAUGCAGACGUCGAAGAUUACGAUAUCUUCGAGGAGGGUGAACCCGAGUGGCUUCCUGGUAUCAAGGAGUGUUUGACCCAGGCCAUUUACUCCAAGCUCAACCCUCUCAAGGUUUGCGCACCUGCCAUUGUCCACCAGUUCGGAGCCAUCGCCAACCACCUGCGAUUUAUGUAUGUCAUCCCUCUGUUGGAGACCAACAAGCGUCUGCGCCUAUCCUCAUUCCGUUCUUUGGCUGCACCAGCUAGCAGAGAUAUGGGUGCUGCAAGAAGAGAGAACACCCUCAGUCACCAGAGUGGUGAGGCUCACCAUCAACUCGAUGCCUUUUUCCCCUUCGAUCCUUAUCAGUUGCCCAAGAGCAAAAAGUGGCUGGAAGGCGAUUACAGGGUGUGGAAGGGAGUGCCUGGCAUGCAAGACGAUGACGACGACGAAGAGGACGACAGUAGCGACGAUGAAGAUGAGGAAGAAGACGAAUUCGGGGACAUCGGCGAUGAUCCGGAGUACGAGAGCGAAUGAUCUGACUACAUCAUGUGGUCGGCAUAGAGCUUGAUGGCAUGACAUGAUUGAUUUAGCGUGGAGUUCUGGGUUUGGCAUAUGCAUGUUGCUUUGUUAUGCAUGUGCUGGUCGUUGUUUUCGGCGCAUUUUCAGCGUGGGUGGUCUACAAGGAGUUCUCGGCCGAGUUCAAAUUCCUUCAAAAGCGCGAGAUAGCACAUGGACGUAUUCUUGAGAUCGAAUGACAAUACAACUUAUUUUUAAG